AUGUCCACCAACACCAAGGCUGACGAGUUUGACGAGGAAACUGUCACACUUCUCAGCACAAACAAAGAAGGAUAUAAAUGGGGUCAGCCUCUGUAUAGUGGUGAAACUACAAGCUGCUUUACUGAGGGGAUUUUAUUUCGCAUUGUUGAAAAAGAUAAUAACAAUCGUUGGUCUUUUUACAAUGAUACCCUCGAUGCCAAAAUAUGCAUACAAUUCACAUUUGGAGAACACUCGUCCAUCAAUGCCCUCGACAAUACAACGCUUGAGAAGCUUAAUGAUGGAUCUUUCCGUGCCACAGUGAAUGUUUAUCCUAUGGAAACAGAACUCUUUAUAGAAGGUACUGUGAAUGGGUACAGCAGCAAUGUUCGUCUGCAGCCCCUUCCUGAAGAGUAUCUUCGUGACGUGGCGCAGCAGGAUGAAGCCACAAUCAAAAAGGAAACGGCAAGUUUGUAUAAAAUUACGGGCAAAAAUGCGUCCAUCGAGCAGAUGGUAAACGCAUGCAUUCAACAUAAUAUCAAGUUCGUCGAUUUUUUCUUUCCACCAGAGCAAAGGUCGCUACAAAUUGGCUCCCAAGCGAAGCUAAAACUAUUACCUUGGGAGCGCCCCAGUAUGUAUCUUUCGGAUGCAAACACACAGCAAUGUCGACUCUUUCGAAACGGUGUGCAUCCCAAAAACAUUGAUGAGGGUGAGCUUGGUGAUUCCUGGCUCAUUGGCGCCAUUGCCGCAUUGGCGGAAUUUCCGGACAAGAUCCGUGAUCUUUUCCGUCAUCCGCAGAGUCUGGAGCAAGGUAAGCGGGAGCGGAGCCUGGGCAUCUACCGUGUGACGCUGAAUAAGGAUGGCUGGUGGAUUAAUGUCGUGGUGGAUGACUAUCUCCCUGUGUUUGGCGGCCGGCCCGCGUUUGCACGCACCAAAGGGGACCCUGCGGAGAUAUGGGUAUCUAUUCUUCAGAAGGCUUAUGCAAAAGUGUUUGGUGGCUACGGGUUCCUCAUGUCAGGCGAUCCCCUUCAUGCUUUACAGGACAUUACCGGUUUUCCAUGCACCCCCCUUGAUAAUAUUCUGAUUAAAACCAACGCCGAUGAGUCCGCAAACUUCUUUGAUUAUCUGUCGCAGUAUUGCGCAAAUAAUUACCUGAUCGUAUUUACCACACCCACCCAUAAAACCAUCAUGGCCUCCCGUGUUGGCAAGCAGUGCACCACAAUUCAGCAAGCCGAGAACCUAUACAUGAACGCUAAUUUGCUUCUUGGACAUUGUUAUGCUGUCUAUAAAAUGGCUUACUUUCCCAGUACUAGAUUGCGCAUGGUGCAGCUCCGCAAUGUGUGGGCAAAGGGUCGGCCGGAAACUCCGGUCCCGUGGAGCAAAAAUGACAUCAAAUGGACUAAACACCCUCAAGCGGCUGAAUACUUUAAAAUAAGCCAACAGGACGACAACAUGUUCUGUAUGGAGUGGGCGGACGUUCAGAAGUACUUCAUCGGCUGCGGCGUUUGCUUUCUCCAGAGUCCCAUGCAUGACUACCGCAUUCGUGGUUGCUUCCUCCAAAAUGUACCAACCUGUUGUUUGCAGAUUGCUGUCAGCAGACCAAUGGUCAUGAGUAUCAUCCUUACACAGGACGACAAACAGGGUACGACCAAGGUUGAAUACUCUCCCAUUAUGAUAAGCGUUGCACACGGAAAUGGAGAUGCGUCGAUUAUAGGCAUUGAUCUCAACAGCUCUUUUGAUACUGAACACCCAGUACAAGAAUUCACUUUUGUGAAGAGCUACAGUGUAAGCAUGUUUUACGAAUUCUUACCCGAAAGAUCUCCAUACUUGAUCAUUCCACGCGCAUUGUCUACGUAUGCGCAGUUACCAUAUGUAAUUGGUCUCAUAAGUCCAUAUGAGAUUGGAAGCAAGUCCUCUUGUGCAAGUGUAGCCUUCCGUGCUCUUGCACCUGAAAGCCGUGUCUUUGACAACUUUCAAAAGGCCCGUUGCGAAACAAUGCCAGUGGAGACAGAGUUUCAGGUUAAAAAUGUCGAUCAGUUUUUCCCUGACGUUUACGUUGGCACAUCUAUUAUAACCUCCAACUAA